AUGGCUUCCGAAAUUUAUGAUGAUGAAGUUGGGAAUGAUGGAAGAAUGGACAGAUUUGGCUCUAGAAAAAAGUCGACCAUGCAUUUUUGCCAGCCAACCAUAUCAUCAUGUCUGAAACACAAGAGUUUACUAAAAUCCACAACCAACUAUUUUAAGUUGAAUUUAGCGGCGACAGCAGUAGCAACAUCAGCAGCAGCAGCAAAUAAGAAACUUCGCCACAACAACAGCUGUAGUAGCGGCAGUAGUAGAAGGCUUCACCUGAACAACAAUGCCUGCACGGCAGCAACUACAUUCAGAUCCAAUUAUAAAACGAGUUUUGAUAUGCAAAAAUUAUCUGCUGCUGUCAUAUCAAUUGAAAAAGGAAAGGAUUCGAAUGAGGAAUUUGAUACAAAAAAAUUAUUAUCACUUGACUCGAUGCAAACUUCUCUGGUUCAAACGCAAUCUGACGAGGCAACAAAACAAAAAACGACAUCCGAGUUACAAACUGAACCAAAUCAGAACACUAAGGAGUUAUUAGCACCUACGUUUCUCCAGGAUGAAUCAUCCCGGGUUCAAAUGCAAGCAGAAGAAACAAUAAGACCGACAACAGCAGUACCACCAGCAGCAGCAUCUCACUCAAGUAAAAUUCCAGUUUUUAAAUGCGUCAGAUUUAACACGCCGGACGAACGCGAUGGAAUAGAGAGUGAAAAGAUGAUGAUGAAGAUGAGUGAUUCAGAGAGUGGAGUGCCAUCUGGUGUCUUGAAAACUGAUUUUGAAAUUGAGAAGAUUGAAAUCGAAGAUAAAACUUUUCCCACUAAGACCUUCGCUGGCGAGGCUAGCUGUUUUGUUGGUGGCGAGAAACUGGAGGAGGAAGUUAUUGAAAAGAGCGGAGAAUUGAUGGCAGAAAAUGAUGUUUCAAAUAGUGAUGUCAAUGCCGAUGGUACCAUAGACGAAACAGAAAGAUUUAACAAGACAAAAUCAGGUGUGAAUUCGAAACAGAGUGACCUCAAAAAAUGUGAUAAAGUUUCAAAGAAUCAGAAAAUUUUUAAAAAUAAAUCAAUAACGAAAAAUUUUAUUGGCUUGAAGGGAAUGAAGAAGAAUUACGUGGACGGCAUUAAGUGGGAGAAAAAUACUAAAAAUCGACAACAACAACAACAACAACAACAACAACAACAUCAUCAUCAUGAAGAACCACAACAAAAUGUGCCAAAAAAUUUUGCAGACAUCAUAAUAAACGAUAAAAUAAACGACUUGUAUAAAAAAUACGAACAACUGAGAUUUUCAACAAAUGACAUCAGGAAGGAAAUAAACAAAAGGCACAAAGAAUCUCAAAAUGACGUCAUUUCUCUGAAGGGAGUGGUUUUGGAAGAGCUGACAACAAUUUUAAAGACGAGGAAUGAAUUCUUUGCAUCCAUUAAAGGAGUUCUGGAAAAACUGAAAGCGAACCAACUGGACCAACAACUUCGCAUUCGCAAUCUAGUUGCAGAGUGUGAGCAGUUCCUGAAAAUCUUCCCAACUGCCGUCCUAUUCGUCAUAAUGAAGCACCUGAGAUGUGGCCAUGAUUUUCAAUCCCCACUAAAUGAACGUAUGAAUAUAUUCAGGGAGUUAAUUGAGAAAACUCAAAACUACAGCCCUACCUGUGGCGUUGAUGACGACGACUACAACAGCAACAACAGCAACUACUAUGACAUCAUCAACAACAACAACAACAACUAUGACACCAUCAUCAACAACAACUACAACUAUGACACCAUCAACAACAACAACAACUAUGACACCAUCAACAACAACAACAACUAUGACACCAUCAACAACAACAACAACUACUAUGACAUCGUGAACAACAACAACAACUAUGACACCAUCAACAACAACAACUACAACUAUGACACCAUCAACAACAACAACAACUGA